AUGAAAUUUCAAUAUAAAGAAGAACACUCUUUCGAGAAAAGAAAGACUGAAGGAGAAAAAAUACGCAGGAAAUAUCCGGAUAGAGUCCCAGUGGUUGUAGAGAAAGCGCCUAAAGCCAGGCUCGGUAACCUUGAUAAAAAGAAAUACUUGGUGCCAUCGGACUUGACUGUCGGCCAAUUUUACUUUUUAAUCCGAAAACGGAUUCACUUGCGCCCGGAGGAUGCGCUGUUUUUCUUCGUCAACAACGUAAUACCACCAACGUCCGCUACAAUGGGUUCGCUAUACCAGGAACACCACGACGAAGAUUUCUUCCUAUACAUUGCCUUUUCCGAUGAAAAUGUUUACGGAUAUUAA